AUGUUUCGAAGGGGCGCUUGUAGCCAUAGCUUUGGCAGUCAGAUCCGGACGCUCGAGCCCGUACCGACCGAGAAAGACCGGGCGCUGUUUUUCCUCGGGACGAGCGCCUUGAACCAGUCGAAUAACAUCAAUGUGGUGGAAGUGAUGGACAACGGACGCGACGUGGCCACACGACAAGUGCUACGUCACCCUGGGGAGGUGCAAGCUCUGGCCCCGAAUCCUGUUGACCGCCAGCUGCUGCUCACGUGCAGCAAAGAACGAGGUCAAGUGGCUCAAGUUUUGCUCUGGAGACUGCCGGGGGAAGAGACGACUGGAGGAGUGAACCGAAUGGAGGAAGCAGAAGCAGAAGCUGAAGCUGCUAGCACUGCUGUGACUACUCCUCACUCUGGUAUGAACCAGGAGAUGGAGCAGGUAGCAGCAUUUCCAGUCCAGAAACUGCUCGUGUCAGAAAUCGCUUGGGAGACUUCAACGGAUACGCGGACGGUAGCAUCGGCUCAUGGGACACUGAUACGUACGUGGCGCGUGGAUGCAAGUUCAGUGGAAGCUCUGGAUCGGCUAGAGCUGGACGGAUCGAUGCUUGGCAAUGCAACGAAGCGAGCGGCUAGCGCGCUAGUGUGGGAUCCGCACCACGCUUCACAUCUGACUUUUGCUCUUGGUGGUAGCGUGCGAACGUGGGACGUCCGCGCCAAGCAAGAUAGCGUGAGUAUCGAGGAUGCUCACCCGAGCGCAACGCUUGCACUCGAUUUCAACCCGAACAAACCGUACGCUCUUGCCAGUGGUGGUGACGACGGCAAACUCAAGUUCUGGGACUUGCGCUAUUCGAGCAAGCCAGUAUUGACGCUGAAUGCGCACUCGCACUGGGUCUGGAGCAUGCGCUAUCACCCGCUAUACGACCAGCUUGUGCUUUCAGGGAGCUCCGAUGCGACGGUGGCUUUAUGGCGAGUGUCUUCCAUCUCGUCCUUGCCGCUUGUCGAGCUGAAUGACGGUGAUCUCAUGGACGAAAGGGCAGGCGGUCCACCUGUCGUGGAUACGCUGAUUCGGCGAGUCGAGGAUCACGAAGAUGCUGUAUAUGCCGCACGGUGGGCUGCUGGAGGAGACGCCUGGCUGUUCGCUUCCGUGUCGUACGACGGCCGUCUUGCUAUCAAUCACGUGCCAUCCACGGAGAAGUACAAGAUUCUGCUUUAG